AUGGAUUCUGAAAACGAAGUACUAACACCCCCGGAAAUUCGAGCGGCAGCGGAAGCUGCGUCUCUGGAUUUACUUCCCAAGAAAUCAAGAAACAAUUAUGAAAUUGCCUACAACAAUUUCAUGGAUUGGCGAUCAAGAAACAAGGCCACCUCCUUCUCUGAAGAUACAUUAUUAGUGUAUUUCAAAGAAUUGGCUAAAAAGUAUAAGUCGUCCUCCUUGUGGACGUUUUAUUCCAUGCUGAAAAGCACACUUUAUAUUAAACACAAUGUCAAGAUCGACCACUACGCGAAGCUACAUGCUUUAUUAAAAAGACAAUCAGAAGGCUAUCAACCCAAAAAAUCUAAGGCAUUUACCGGACAGGAAAUAAAUAAAUUUAUUUAUGAAGCUCCUGAUACAAAAUAUUUGGCUACAAAGGUUGCAUUAAUUAUGGGAGUGAUGGGUGCAUGCCGCUCAAAUGAACUACAUGCAAUGAAAAUACAACACGUUACAUUUUAUGAAGGUUGCACUAGAGUAAUAGUUCCCGUUACGAAGACCAAGAUCCCUAGGAAUUUUACUAUUACUGAGAAGUUCCAUGAUAUUGUUAAAAAAUAUGCAAAUCUGAGACUGCCAAAUGCAUCAGAUUCUUUUUUUAUGAAUUUUCAAAAUGGAAAAUGCACAAAACAAGUUAUCGGCAUUAACAAGUUUGCCAAAAUGGGCAGAGAAAUUGCAAGUUUCUUACAAAUCAAAAACCCAGAAAGAUAUACCGGGCACUGUCUACGACGAUCUUCAGCCACAUUGUAUGUCGACGCAGGGGCAAGUAUGACAGCUCUGAAGCGCCACGGAGGCUGGAAGUCGGCUUCUGUAGCUGAAGGCUAUAUUGCAGACUCGCAGAAGAACAAGACCGAUGCAGCUACUAAAAUAUUAAGUCAAAUCAACCCUAAUUGUAAUAUUAAUAACAGUACUUUUGUUUCUACCCCCUCACAAUAUCCAGGUAUGUCUACUAUUACGAGCGAAUCUUCUCAUAACACUUUUUCGAUUAGUAAAGACACCACGGACAUUAGUAUUGGUACUACACCAACUACGAUGAAUUUCAAUAACUGCCCUAAUAUAACAAUCAAUUUUAUGAAAUAG